UUUGAAAGCCAAUUUCCAAAUGAUGUUAAAGCCAAAAUGCCAGUAGCAGCCUUGAUCAGCAAACUAAUUCGAAAAAAGAUCUUGAGUGAUGCCGUCAUCAUGGUAACCUCAAGACCGGGCGAAGCCGACAAGCUGGACCAAAAAAUCCACUUUGAUCGCUAUGUGGAAAUUUCAGGCUUUUCAGAGUCUCAGGUUUUUGAGUAUGUUGAGARGUAUUUUAACUCUAAACCAGAAGAAGUAAAAAUGAUGGCACUAGAGAAAGUSAAAGGAACAGUACAUUACAUUUCAUUUGGUCGCGUCCCUUUCUGUUGUUUGUUGAUGUGCAGGCUUAUCGAGUGGGAAAUAGAAAGUAACACCAAUAGUAACAUUCCUUUAACUCUUACAGAGUUUUAUGACCGAGUCAUUCAAUGUAUAGAAAGACAUUACAACAAAGUAAUACUUAGUUUAGAUGACAAAGAUGCUUCGUUGGCUGUUGACAAAACGCUCGAUAAUUUUUCAAAGUUAGCGGCACUUUUAGCUGAACAAAAUAGAUUUAGUUUUACCUUAGAAGACUUAAAAAAACUAGCAUUAACAGAUAAUGAAUCAUUGUACAUUAAAUCUAGCAAUCUCAUAUUUUGUUAUCCUGUUUCCAGUGGUUUGCCAUUUCAAAAGCCAAUUUGUGAAUACAGCUUCACGCACUUCACCAUUCAAGAGUUUCUUGUUGCUCGGUAUUUGGUGAUGAAUGGUGCAAUGGCGGCACAAGGAACCACUGAAAUGGUGUACAUAUUCAUGAGYGGUYUGUUAGGUUUAAAGAAGGAUGACCAAAUAAUGUCAAAACUACUAGAGUGUGUGGAUAAUCAGUCAGAUAUUAGAAAUAAUCGAAGAGUUAUCCUUUUGAAAUGCCUUUACGAAUAUGGUAAAGACAAAAGYUUGACAAGCCAAGAACUGACUACAAAUCGUGACCACAGAUACUGGAAUAGUAARAAGAGGAUCGAGCUAUCUCGUGUCACUGACGCGGACUGUGSUGCAAUUACCAUGUUAGUAGAUGAAUCAUCUGUCACUUCACAACCACCGUACAGACUGCAUAUUGGCGGUGGGUCAUCGUUAUCUUGUUAUGGUUUAAARACUUUACUGUCAUCUCUCACUAAGCCAACUUGCUGUAUCACUAAACUUUGGCUGAAAGAUUGUAAAUUGGAUGAUCAAUGUGUUGAGUAUUUUAGUCAGUAUUUGUCAAACACUAAGUUAGUCGAGCUAUAUCUGUGGGGUAAUAAAAUAACCGAUGUCGGAGUUAAUCAUAUUCUUAAUCACAUGUCCAGUAAUCUAACCGAGCUACGCUUGGAUGUUAAUCCAGUAUCUGACAACUGUAAAAAGAGUGCUGAACAAUUCUGUAAGGAUAAUUUCCCUGGGCUUAAGUUCACCAUAUAGACUAAAACGUGUAAAUAAGUAUUAUUAGUUUUAUCUUGAAGCUUCAUUGAAAUUAAACAUCAACUUGAAAUUA